AUGAAGUUCACCCUCUCGACUCUCCCGAUCCUCGCGGCGAUGGCAGCCGCUGCCAGUGCCCGGUUCAUCAUCAACACGCCGGCGCAGGCUCCGCAGUGCAGCGACACUCUGGUCACAUGGGAAGGCGGCGUCGCCCCGUAUGAUUUGAUGUACGUGCUCCGUACUUUCCAGCGGGCGUUCUUCAACCUGACAGGCCAUUCGUUCGUGUGGGAGGUCGACCUCAACGCAGGAAGCGUCGUCACUCUGGUUUUGGAAGAUGCCACUGGCGCUGAAACCCAGUCGGCUCCGGUCACCAUUAGCCCCAGCACGCCCUCGCGAUUCAAUUAUCAGAUAGGAAAGUACAAGUACCCGGCACUGUACGAGACCAUGUAA